GCGGCAGAUCUGAGGGCCACUCCCGACCUAUUGGUGGCCGACGUCGGGAUCAAGGAUUACGGCGAGAAAGAGAACCAGGAUUUGGCCGAUCGCUACACCAUCUCGAAGGACGACUUCCCGUCCGUUAAACUCUUCCUCAACGGAGAUCUCGAGAAACCCAUCGCUUUUGACGGCAAAGACUUCAAUGCGGACCGAAUCAAGACAUUCGUGAAGACAAAGGCCGGCAUCAAAAUCCUGUUGGACUCGUGUCUCGAAGAGUUUGACGCUUUGGCCGCGAAGUUUGCCGAAGAAAAGGUGACGAAAGACAAGCAGAAGAAGGUGUUUGAGUCGGCGAAGAAGAAGUCGGACGCACUUACCAAAGAGUCGGACAAGAAGUCGGCCGCCAUUUACGUGAAGAUUAUGGAGAAAGCGCUGGAAAGGGGUGUUGUCUUCUACGAGAGUGAGAAACAAAGGGUUCAAAACUUAUUGACCGGAAAGCUGUCCGACGCCAAGAAGAAGGAACUCCAGGGAAGGCUAAACAUAAUCGAGAGCUUCAUUAUCGCCGGUGCGGCCAAAGACGAGCUUUGA